CGCAGCUCAGUGUGGCGUGUGGCGUGUGGCGCUGCAGCAUCGUCCGGAAAGAGGGAGGAUUCUUAGAGUUCAGUGGCUGCGAGGCAUAGCGAGGAGGAAUGAUUGGGAACAGCCUCUCCCUGUGCUACCACAAUAAGCUCAUCUUAGCCCCCAUGGUCCGGGUGGGAACUUUACCAAUGCGUCUCCUGGCCCUGGAUUACGGAGCAGACAUUGUUUACUGUGAGGAGCUGAUUGACCUGAAGAUGCUCCAGUGCAAGCGGGUGGUAAACGAGGUACUCAACACAGUGGACUUCGUUGCUCCUGAUGACAGAGUAGUUUUUCGUACAUGUGAAAGAGAAAAGAACAGGGUGGUUUUCCAGAUGGGGACUUCAGACGCAGAGAGAGCCCUUGCUGUGGCCAGGCUUGUAGAAAAUGAUGUAGCUGGCAUUGAUGUCAACAUGGGCUGUCCAAAAGAAUAUUCCACUAAGGGAGGAAUGGGAGCUGCUUUGUUGUCAGACCCUGACAAGAUUGAGAAGAUUCUCAGCACUCUUGUUAAAGGAACACACAGACCUGUGACUUGUAAAAUCCGAAUCCUGCCGUCGCUAGAAGACACCCUGAACCUUGUGAAGCGGAUAGAGAGGACUGGCAUUUCAGCCAUUGCAGUUCAUGGGAGGAACCGGGAGGAACGACCUCAGCACCCUGUCAGCUGUGAAGCUAUACGAGCCAUCGCCGAAACCCUCUCCAUUCCUAUCAUAGCCAAUGGAGGAUCUCAUGAUCACAUCCAGCAAUAUUUGGACAUAGAGGACUUUCGCCAAGCCACAGCCGCCUCUUCAGUGAUGGUGGCUCGAGCAGCCAUGUGGAACCCCUCCAUCUUCCUCAAGGAUGGCCUUCGUCCCUUGGAGGAAGUCAUGCAGAAGUACCUCAGAUAUGCGGUGGAGUAUGAUAACCACUACACCAACACCAAAUACUGCUUGUGUCAGAUGCUGCGGGAACAGCUGGAGUCGCCCCAAGGAAGGUUGCUCCAUGCUGCCCAGUCUUCCCAGGAAAUUUGUGAGGCCUUUGGCCUUGGUGCCUUCUAUGAGGAGACCAUUCGGAAGCUAGAUGCCCGGCGAGCUGACCUCUUGGCUAAGACUCCAGAGGCAGUUGAAGAACCCACUGAAGAUACAUCUGGCAUCAUUAAGAUGGCUAUCAGAUUUGACCGGAGAGCAUACCCACCCCAAAUUACCCCCAAGAUGUGCCUACUGGAAUGGUGUCGGAGAGAGAAGUUGCCACAGCCCGUGUAUGAAACAGUUCAGCGGCCCGUAGAUCGCAUGUUCUGCUCUGUUGUCACUGUUGCGGAGCAAAGGUACCAGUCCACAUUGUGGGACAAGUCCAAGAAACUGGCGGAGCAGACUGCAGCUAUUGUCUGUCUGCGGAAUCAGGGCCUCCCUGAGGGUCGACUGGGUGAGGAGAACCCCUCCUUGAACAAGCGCAAGCGAGCGGCCCCUGAUCAAGAUCUUGGGGGCGCCAGAGUUCAGGAGCCAGCACUACCUGGAGAGAUAUGCAAGAAGCCAUUUGUAACCCCGGGAAGUAGCGAAGAUAGUCUCCUGGAAGGCUGUUGACUACCGUCCCUGCCACCAGUGUGGGGGGCUGACGUGAAAGUGGUUUUGGGUGCUGGGGCCUAAGCCACAUUCCACUGGACAGUUUUCUGGCCCUCGCCAUUGCAGACGUUAGAGGUCCUGACCCAGGCCAUCAGUCUGCAACAAGUGCCAAGGGCUGUCCAGCGGUAAUCCUAUCUCCUCUCAUAGGUCUGAAUGGCUAAGCCAAGUUCCCAGUGACCUGAAUGUUUUUUUGAAAGCAAGGUUUUGAGGCCGCACCUCUAACUUGACAUUGGUACUGUGCAAUAAAGAUAGCCUGACUUUCACCCAUGGCCAACUGCGUCAGCCUUGGACUACAUCCUGGCAUAAUUACUGUUUCUACCCUCUGAAGAUCUGCCGAGUUCCAAAGCAUGCCUCUUGCAUGUAGGGAAAGAGUGGACCUUUGGGGUCCACUGGAUUUUGGUGAAAGCAAGAAAGGACCAAGAAAACCAUUUUAACGGUGGGAAACCUAGGCAUUAACCAUCAGUUGACUUUGCCGACAAGAGGUUCUAUGUAAUCCAGAAAAACAAGGGUAUCUGAUACCCCAGUAAAGGGCCAGUGUAGUAGAGUUGGGGUGGGGGUAAGGCCGCAGAAUCUCCUUUAUGCCUUACAAUUAAUUUGAGCUCAGACCUGAUGAAGUGCCGGCUCGGGACAGGGGACACCUGGGGCUGCUCAAUUUGGCUUUGGGGAAAUGCAGCAUUCACAGAUCACACACUGUCACUUUCCCCACCCCAGCUCCACUUGAGGUGGAAGGAAGUGGCAGAUUCUCUUUAAUUUCCUCCUGACAGUGAGAAGCAAACAAACAGCUACCACCACAUUUACUGGGGCCUCCCCACUCCCCUCCUGGGAGGGGUGGCCUGACCAAAGGUCUCUACCCUGCCCCACCCCACUUCCUCUGCUGUAAACAGGCUGUGUGACCUUCCUUUUGCCAGGCUAUAUGGGGGGAGAAUUCCCUUCUAAACCAAACCUGUCUUUCCCCCAAGUCCCCUGGGACAGUCUCAUGGCCCUGUGCCAGUCAGCAGCCCCUGGCCCUGCCUGUCUCUGAAUCAAUGGUUCAGUGACUUAGGCUGUGCCUGUUUCCAUGGACACCCACCCUUGCUCUUCUUUGUUAGAUAAGGAUACCAUGCUCCCAGAGGCCUUUCAGAGCCCCUUGCAUUUUGACCUUGGGUAACUCAUUUCUAGUAAUCAGCCUCACAGUGGGAUAAUUGUCCUCUGCUUAUGUGGAGCUGACCUGGGAUAGGGUACUAUGUGGUAUGUUUCUGCUUACUGAGAGACUGCCCUAACUUUUCAUCCUAAGGCUGUCAGAGUAGGGGCCCCACUAAGGGGAAAGACAGUCUUGGUCUGAUCUCAGCCAUCAAGAUUUAGAAAGUUUGUAUCCUGAUUUAUUUGUUUCUACUAAACCUGGCUUAAAAUUCCCCCUUUACUUUUCCUCAUACUUAAGACUGGCAGUAGGAAGACCAAGGCCACAGAGGACCACUUCCUUCAAGCAUGCUGGAGGAUGAUUCUGGGGACAGGGUGUCAGGUACAGUCUAAGUGGUCCUGGGUACUGACUGAUAUCAAGCCUCUUCUACCAUUAGUGUGGUUUUCCUGGGGAAACCCCUACCUUGGCAAGGUCAGAUUAAUUUUCUCUGCUACAGGAAGCAGAGACAAGGGUAGA